GCUGCGUAGAAUCAACUGCAGGAGGCAAGGGUGGCAGCAGGGAGACCAGUAAGGAGCUAUUAAAGAAAUCCAGGAGAAAGAGGACGAUGGUUAGAACCAGGACGGCGACCCUGUGAUGGGUUUUGUCUGGAUCCCGGCUCAACAGCCUCAUCUCACAUUUUUCAUCCUGCUGCAGGAGUGAGAGAGAGAACCACACUGCUGAUGACUCCGAGGGAGGGGCCCUGGACAUGUGCUGCAGCGAGAGGCUGCCAGGUCUCCCCCAGCCGGUAGGGAUGGAGGUGCUGGACCAGGCCGAGGGGCCCACGGCCUCGCAGAGAGAGAUGCCACCACCCCCACUUCCUUCACCGCCCUCAGAGCCAGCUCAGAAGCCGCCACCUCGAGGCACCAGGAGCCACUCCCUCAGUGUCAGGAGCAGCCUGUGCCUGUUGGCUGCCUCCCAGUUCUUGCUCGCCUGCGGGAUGCUCUGGCUCAGCGGCUACGGCACCAUCUGGUCACAGAAUACCACAGACCUGGUUUCCUCUGGGCUCACCCUCCUGGAGCAGCUGCGACCCUCGGCCUGGCUGGGCAUUAGGACUUGGGACAUCCCCAGUCUGCUGCUGGUCUCUCUGGCUGUAGUCCUUGUCACCACCCUGGUGUGGCACCUCCUGAGGGCUCCCCCAGAGCCACCCACCCCACUGCCCCCCGAGGACAGGCGCCAGUCGGUGAGCCGUCAGCCUUCCUUCACCUACUCGGAGUGGAUGGAGGAGAAGGUCGAGGAUGACUUCCUGGACCUGGACCCUGUCCCUGAGACGCCUGUGUUUGACUGCGUGAUGGACAUCAAGCCUGAGGCUGACCCCGCCUCACUGACCGUCAAGUCCAUGGGUCUGCAGGAGAGGAGGGGCUCCAACGUCUCCCUGACCCUGGAUAUGUGCACGCCAGGCUGCAAUGAGGAGGGCUUCGGCUAUCUCAUGUCCCCACGCGAGGAGUCGGCCCGUGAGUACCUGCUCAGCGCCUCCCGCGUCCUCCAGGCCGAGGAGCUUCAUGAGAAGGCCCUGGACCCCUUCCUGCUGCAGGCAGAAUUCUUUGAAAUCCCCAUGAACUUUGUGGAUCCGAAGGAGUAUGACAUCCCUGGGCUGGUGCGGAAGAACCGCUACAAAACCAUUCUUCCCAACCCUCACAGCAGAGUGUGUCUGACCUCACCGGGCCCCGACGACCCUCUGAGUGCCUACAUCAACGCUAACUACAUCCGGGGCUAUGGUGGGGAAGAGAAGGCGUACAUCGCCACUCAGGGACCCAUCGUCAGCACGGUCGGCGACUUCUGGCGCAUGGUGUGGCAGGAACACACGCCUAUCAUUGUCAUGAUCACCAACAUCGAAGAGAUGAACGAGAAGUGCACCGAGUAUUGGCCAGAGGAACGGGUGGUGUAUGACGGCGUCGAGAUCACUGUGCGGAAAGUUAUCCACACUGAGGAUUACCGGCUCCGACUCAUCGCCCUCAGGAGUGGGACGGAAGAGCGAGGCCUGAAGCAUUACUGGUUCACGUCCUGGCCUGACCAGAAGACCCCAGACAGGGCCCCCCCACUCCUGCACCUGGUGCGGGAGGUGGAGGAGGCAGCCCAGCAGGAGGGGCCCCGCUGCGCCCCCAUCGUUGUGCACUGCAGUGCAGGGAUUGGGAGGACUGGCUGCUUCAUUGCCACCAGCAUCUGCUGCCAGCAGCUGCGGCACGAGGGCGUGGUGGACAUCCUGAAGACCACGUGCCAGCUCCGUCAGGACAGGGGCGGCAUGAUCCAGACGUGUGAGCAGUACCAGUUUGUGCACCACGUCAUGAGCCUCUACGAGAAGCAGCUGUCCUGCCAGUCCCCAGAGUGACCAAACCCUCCUCCCCUGAGGUCCUCUGGGUACCACCCAGCCUGAGUCUGGGCCCUUAUCCCGGCCACACCCACGGCCCCGCCUCGGCCCGGCCUGCUCCCUGUCCCUGCCUCUCCUGCUUCCUUCUCUUCAGUCUGCUCCCCCUCCUCCCCCUCCUCAGCCUUGGCCUGGCCCCUGCCCCCCAACAUAGCUCUUCCUACUGUACAUAUUGGGGAGUGGGGCAGGAUGGGGGAGGGAUGUGCCAGGCCAGGCCUGGGGCCCCAGGGCCUGACCCACACUCUGCAACCUGGGGCCUCAGUUUUUAACAACGGUUCCAUUGCUACUUGAUCCACAACGUUUCUGUGCCGCACUCCAUGUGUCCUGCUGCAGCGUGUUCCGUCUGUCCAUCCAUCUCUGCUAUCUGUACCGGACACUGUGUCUCCUCGGCCCAGGAGAGGGGUAAUGAGCUCUACCCCCUAAGUAGCCCAGGCAGAGGUGCCUGCCUUGGGCCCCCACCCUCACUCCUCCCAACAGGCAGAUUGCACUUUGCCCCUAGUUAUUGGGACCAGGAUGGGCAGGGACCCCUGAGGAGCUGGAGGUCAGGCGUAGGGGGUUCCUGAGGGGUUUGCAAAGAGAUCUCACUGGGGAGAGGUCUGUGGGUCGGGGUGGAGGGGAGGAGGACCACGGCCAAGGUAGCCUUUGAGUAUCAGAUGCCCUCAGGAGGCAGUGACCAGCCUGUGAGGCAGCCAGGAAGGAAGGGGAUGGAUGGGGGCAGUGAACCCAGAGGACCUGGAGCCUGGUGGGAGAGAGGGAGCUCCGAGGGUAGAGUGGGGACUCGGCCCCAGGUCUGUGUGAAACAUUUUCCUGUGUCGCCAUGGGAAAUCCCUCCCAGAAGUCACCCCGUGUAGCUCUGUGUGUGUUCCGGGUCCAUGCGUGUACUGAGAGCCCGUCAGCAGGGCGUGCAUGACUCUUUGGCAACAUGUGUUAUCUUGGAGCCACGUGUUUUUAUUGCUGACUUUAAAUAUUUAUUCCACGGCAGACAGAGACAUUUGGUGUCUUUUUAUAAUUUGCUCGUGGUCAUUGAAUAGAGCAAUAAAUGGAGCAUUUUGAGCAAAA